AUGGACUUUGACUUGCUCCGUGACGUCCCGCAGAGAAAUCGACCGGCACCAUACCCGUUUUUCCUCUGGGGGGGGGUCGUUCCUCCUAGAUUACUAAGCGCGGACUUGGGUGGGAACAGACAUCCCCAACCUCAUCAUCACCAGCAUCAGCAAAUUCUCGACAAAACCAUCGGAACGAAAUUAAUCAUGGCUACCACAUCCAUAGUCAAGAGCCUUUACCGCCGCAGUCUCAAGUUGUCCCUGGACUGGUGCAUUCGAAGGGACGUUUGGAGACCCCAAGCACUCAACAUCCGGGAGUUGUUUGAAGCAAACCGGGACGUCAGGGAGCCCCGACAAUUGAGGGUCAUUCUGCAGGAAGCGGAGGAAGCAUUGGAGAGAUGGAAGCACCCGGAUCCGUACACGGCCCCGACUGCGCCUGGAGGCUCUAAAUACGAACGAAACCUUCCGUGUCCUAUACUCGAUCCUCCGGCUCCUCUACAUUGAGCAAACACGGGAUAUUCGUAGAACCAGGGUGGGUGCAGCUGUGUGUAUAUGCAAUAUACCAACAGUUUCUGAUUGACAGAUACAAUCCAAGCGAGGGGUCCAAGUCUAUCUGCUGUCACCAUUAUAGCAUUAUUACCCUCAAUAUAAAAAGUAAGGCU